GUAGGAUUUUACGUGAUAAAUUUAGAAAUGUGUUUAGAAUGGGCACGUAGAGAUUGGCGUUGAAGCUCAACUAAUGGGGUGGGUUAUUCAUCAUAUCACUUCCGAAAAUUCACCAUGGAGAUAUACGUAAAACACAUGAAAACGAUUUUUCUGCCCUUCUUUGAAUUGUAGAAGACAAUCUUGUUUGUAGUCCUUGUGCAAAGAUAACCAUUAACCAUCAUUUUUGGCAUUAUCCAAAAACUCUUGUCAAAUUCGAAGCCAUGCCGAUCUGUGGAAGCUUCUUCACCUUCAUUUUUGGUUGAUUAUUGCGAAAAUAUCAUAUUUUAUUUUGGAUUCUUAUUAGGUUUGUUACCUGAUAUGCUUUAAAGAAGCAUAUUUUCCAGGUACUCUUUAACUCAUCAGUUAGGAUUGUCAAUUGCGACUUGCGAGAAGGAGUUGUUAUAAUAUUCGGGAACAAUGGCCGGUUGCGUUAUUACUGGACCAUUCUUUUUUAAAAAAAAAACUGCAAGAGCCAAUUAUUUAGGGGAAAGUCAACGGUUUGAUAAUUUAUGGACUCGCUUUCAUAUUUCACUUUUCCUGCCACUUUGUCCUGGCUGUCCCAUCACGAAGUUUCAUUUAAUCCAUUUAUAGCAAGAAGCAAAUCGAUUCGAAUCAAAUUAAAGUCGAAAGACUAUAAACAGAUCUCAUUGAGAUGUACCGGCUUAGUUAUCGGCCGUUUAUUGCUUAAUUAAUGUCGGCCAUCGCAGGUUUUGAUUUGGAAACGGCUAAUCAAAUACGUUAGAAAAACUCAAAGAUGUUUUGAUCAUGAUACUUAAUACCAUAGCAUCGUUUCUUUUCGUAUAAAUAAAGGGGCAGUGAUCUUGUUAUUCUCCAUCAAUCAAAAAUUAACAAACUUCACAUAAAAAUACAUUUUCAGCUACAAGUAUUCUCAUUAUGUCUCUCAAGAAUGUUCUUCUUCUUCUAGUGGUCGUAUGUGUUGUAGUCUCUACGAAUGCUCAAUUAUUACCACAAUUUCCCUUUCCUUUUCCAUUCCAACCCACUCCCGGCAUGCCUGGAUUACCCGAUAUUACAAAAUGUUGGUCAUCAGUGAUGAAUAUUCCUGGAUGCAUUACUGAAAUUUCUCAAGCAAUCUUGAAUGGACGGUUUAGCAACAUUGGUCCCGCUUGUUGCAAAGCAUUUUUGGAAGCUGAAGCCAAUUGCAUGCCUAAAGUUUCAUUUAAUCCAUUUUUUCCUCCUAUGUUGAAAGAGCAAUGUUCACGACUUGCAGGCUCACUUCCUCCUACCACAAAGUAAACUUUUAAUUAGCAUAAUUAUGUUGAUCGUUUAAUGUUUUGCCGUUUUCUGUCUUUUUAGUUGCUUUUGUCCUACAAUGUUAUAUCCAAGAAUUCCAAUAACAGAAUUACAGCAAUAUCUCAAUUAAGAUUUUUCUUUCAGUGCUUUAGUCAUUAUUUGAUUAUGAACAACAAUACUGUUUAACAAAGUCACGCCUCAUCAAACAUCUCGUCCAUUACUAAGUUAAUGUUAUAGUUAUUUAGAUUUUUGAAAGAAAACGUACAUUGAGCCAACACUCUUUUGAUCCUUCUCUCCGCCCAUCACAUACACUUGGCCCAUCCUCAUUGGCCCAUAAGCCCACAUGAUCGUUUUUCUCACGGCAAAGGCAAACCAACUUUGUCGAUUUAAAAAAAUUUCAUCUAAACACAAAAUUUUCGUUGAUCGUCCUUUAUCAGGGAGUUCAGGACUAGGGUCUUGCAUCGACCAUCAUGAACCAAGCAACAAUACCAAAAAGUUAAAAUUUUCUUCGCUUCCACAUUAAAAACAACAAAGUUUUAUAC